AUGGCCAGUGCCAAAGACGAAUAUCCAUCGACAAGCCGAUGCGUCGGACUCGACGACACCACUUUACGCGCUGUCGGGCCGAUCCCAAAAGAUCCCGCUACAGCCUGGGCGAGGCACGACCUCUUUGUCUUAGGUCGCGUAAUUGACACGAAGGACCGCCGCGAGAUCGAGAAAAGACGCAACGACGACGAGCCUCACAUUUUCCGGGUUGUAUCUUCGGAACACGGUUGCCAAGAUGAGACGCCUGAAGAAUCCAUUCGCCAAACAUUCCGACGGCGCAAGAAGGUAUUACACGCCUCCCAGGGUAUAAGAAACACGGGAAGCAACAAACAUCUGGACACAGCCCCCACCAACACACUCAACCUACCCAAAAUACCACCCGAGAUCCUUAACAUGAUCGUCAGCUAUACCUUGGAAGCGCCUCUCGAUCUUUAUAUCCGGACGGACACGCGCCCGGAGGAGACGGCCUGGGAAAGAUCAGGAAAGAUCAGGGGUACAUACGAUAGACGGCACGAGUAUACAACAAAGGACUAUGAUGAAUGGUUACAGGGCCGGUACAAAAACAACAUACCGCUCGCCCUCGUCUCUAAACACUUACGAAACACCGUGUCCCUCCUUGUCGCGAAAAACCGGAAGACCUUAAAGGAUCGGAUAGGACGGGCUCGGGUUACGUUUACGAGUUCGACGCUGGGCAAUACAGGGAAAACUUCGCGUAUCGAAGACCCAAAGUCGUGGAUCCGUAUCGGUACUGUCCUCCAAGGCAUUUGGUACGAUCUUGGCCCGAGGAUUACUUCACGUAUUACUCGUUUACAGUUCGCGGCUGUCUGGGACAAGGACCAAGACCGGCUGGUCACACCGCUUCGCGACAUCGUUGGUUUCGUAGAUGAGUUCGAGAGACUUAGAACGAUUGCGAUCCGCUGCCGGAUUUUGUUUUCUGGUAAGAAGCCGACAUACGUCGAUCUUGUGAAGAAACCCUAUAGAGCUGAGGGAAUCUACGACGUCAUCGUCGGCGAGAUUGCAGCAGUCACGGCGGCGGCCAUCGUGAACAGGAAGCACGACCGUUGUGGUAUUGUGCCAGGCUGCUGCCUUGUCCCGAACUGUGAAACUCGCCGUAGUAUGGCCACCAUUGUCGAGCUGAGUGAGAAGAUUUUGGGUGUUCUCAUGAUAUAUUAUGUCGGCACCCAGUCUGUCGAUUUUUUCCUGCUGGCGAAUUUUAUCGAGCUGCUACAGUAA